AUGGUGGACUCAUUUUCUCGUUCUCAAGUGCCUCACCGCAAACCCCUCCCUUCAAACAGCAACAUUGCCGUCCCUCCCCAUACCGGCGAUCAACAACAACAGCAGCAACAGCAGCAACAGCAGCAAGCAUCCUUCCGAAACCACCGACACAGUCGCACCGUCUCCUCGUCGAUUUUCCCCCAAGGUGCUCCUGACCAACCCCCCUCCCGAACCCCUUCACAAACCGCCCAAUACCCCGAACCCACCCCCAUAAACCGCGCCUCCCGCACCUUCUCUAACGCCACCAUCUCCACCACAUCCACCUCCUCCGGCCCCCCCACCAAAUCCGACCUCCGCCGCGGUGGCUCCACCUCCUCCCGCGGCACCACCUCCUCCGUCGCCCCCACCUCCUACGUCGCCCUCAUGCGCAAGCAAAAGGCCACCGUCUGGUGCGACCGCAGCCAAGCCGAAGACCCCGCCCUCCUCGCCCAGCAGCGCGCUGCCCGCGCCCGCGCCACCCGUGAGAUGGUCGGCCCAUCGCACCUGGCGCGCCGCACGGGGACGCCGACGUCCGGCGCCGCCCCCGGCAGCAUCACAAUUGCGAGCGCGAGCAGCAACACGGGGUUGCGCAGUAAGAUCCGCCACCAUGCGCCGCGGCCGGUGCCGUUUACGGGGGGGAACUUGGCGGGGCAAACGGGAGUGCCGAUGCGGCUGAGCGCGAGCGAGGUGGAUGAGGAAGGGGGCGGCACGGGGGAGGAUGGAGAGGGGGAUCAGUAUCAUCGGCGCACGGGGAGCGGACGGAGUAGUGUGGGGAGCGGGCGGAGGGUGCAGAGUGGGUAUUUGGCGCCGGGGCAGGCGGGGCGGUAUAGCGUGGGCGAGCGGAUCGGGGGCGCGACGCCGCCGUCCGGGGCAGGGAGCAGCGAGUUGUUGGCGGAGGAAACGUCGGCGCCGGGACGCGCGGCGGGGCGGGCAUCGUAUGUCGCGGGAGCCACCGGGUCGGGACCGCCGUCGCGGCUGGGGACGGGGCUGUCCAGACGGAGCUGGAGCAGCGGAGAGAACGCGGAGCAGCUAGAAAGCCAGUUCGGAGGGCUGGGCGAGAUGCGAGAGGCGGAGCGGCCGAAGCUGGUGGUGGCGGAGAAGACGCCGAAGCAGCGGGAGGAGGAGCUGCGGAGGAGGGGCAGUGUGGAUGAUCGGUCGACGAGCAUGGGGGCGAAUGUGCGGCUGUUUGUGGCGAAUCCGGAUCUCAGUGAUUGA